CUGCUGUAGCAUGUCUUGCAUACAGGGCUAAAGUGGGAGCAUAGACUGCAAUAUCGUCAGUCAAGGGUAUUCAAGGCUUUCCGAAUCAGUCCUAUUGUUCAAUGGCCUGCCUUCGAUCUUCGCAGCUUCAAUGUACCAUCGCUCAGGAUCACUUACCGUGGCCUCGUUGGUCCAUCGUCAAUCGAACCCAUGGCGGUCCAAUAGUGUGGAGGAGACCCCACAAUAUUCGAAGUGAGGUGAUGCUUCCUUUCCCUUGAGUAUAGUUCUAUCAAAGAGUUCCAGCACGGACAGGAUCGCACUUGAAACACUCCUUCCUCGUCAAUCACCUCUUUCUCUUUCUCCCAUGGCACUCACGAAGAAGUGGUUGUCUUUGCGUGUCGAGCAGUCCUUGAAGAGCAUCCAGUAUUUGGGAAAAUCCGCGAUCCCUUUUCGACGGCCAUGUCAGCAAUCUGAUCGCUAUCGACACACUUCAUACUUUCACUGGCAACUUCUUCUUCACGACUUGCUCGACAAGACCUAAAGAUGCCCUCCGAACUCGCCCCUGAAGUGGAUCGUACAGCAUGAGGCUUUGA